GAGAAAAGGAUGCAGGAAAUUCUGUUGUUUACACGUGUCUGUAACACUGAGCCGCUCGAGCAGCCCAGCAAGCCCAAAGGACUGGUGAGAGACAUUCCAGUAUUCAUGGAGUUCUAAGCAGUUCUAAGCAUCUACACCUUGGCUGUAGACUUCUCAUGGAAGGCCAGGACCUAAACCUGGUUGACAGCAAAUUUCUGCUCCCAGAUCUUAACAGUAAUGUAUUCACUUGAGGCCUGAAAAGAUAAAUAUGAAUUUAGAUUCCAUUCAUGAGCUAAUUGAGGAAACACAAAUCUUCCAGAUGCAGCAAUCCUCAGUGAAACCACCUUGUGACGUGGUGGCACCCGCCUCAUCCCACAGGGACCCCUGGAAUUCCUGUUUACCACUUUAUGGGCUGCAAUCUCAUGCCGCUCACAACUUCCAUGCUCACUCCUGCAACACCAGUGAAUGGGACAUCUGUGAGGAACUUCGCCUGCGGGAACUUGAAGAAGUCAAGGCCAGAGCUGCUCAGAUGGAGAAGACCAUGCGGUGGUGGUCAGAUUGCACCGCCAACUGGAGAGAAAAGUGGAGUAAAGUUCGAGCCGAAAGGAACAGUGCCAGGGAGGAGGGAAGACAACUCAGAAUAAAAUUAGAGAUGACAAUGAAAGAAUUGAGUACACUGAAGAAGAAACAGAGUUUGCCACGUCAAAAGGAGGCAUCAGAAGCUAGUGUUACCCGAGACCUGAAGUGUCCUAGUUUCAUAGAAGUGUCCUAUGCACAAAGAGACCAAUUUCAAAUUGGUUCAGAAAUGUGUGAAUCUAUCAAAGAGUGUUUGUUAAGAAGAGAAUUUCCUAGAAAAGAGAACACAAAUAGUAAGGAAGAAAGUUUGAUUCUUGACUCAUUAAGAUUAAAUGAGGAAAUGAAACUCAAUCUAGAUUGUUCUGAUUUAUUCAAGAAUGGUGGUUCUGAAAACUGUGCCAUGAAACCUAGAUUAACACUGCAAGCAAUAAAUCUGCCUUUGGAGAAUGAAGUGCCUGAAAUGUCAGCUCUGCAGGUGCAUUUGGAUGAGUUCCAAAAAAUCUUAUGGAAAGAAAGAGAAAUGCGCUUAUCUUUGGAAAAAGAAAUAGGACGACUGGAGUCAGCUUUGUCUGUAUGGAAAUGGAAGUAUGAAGAACUGAAAGAAUCGAAGACAAAAAAUAUGAAAGAGCUUAACAUUCCUCAUGGUCAACAUGAAAAUGAAAUGGAAGAAAUACCAGAAGAUGUAAAGGAAGGAUUGAAAUCUCAAAACAAGGAUAGAGCGAUCUAUGAGUUAAGAGCAGAGCUAGAGAGACUACAGGCUGAAAACACCUCAGAGUGGGACAAGAGGGAAGUACUUGAAACAGAAAAACACGGACUGGAGAGAGAAAAUAGAAGGCUAAAGGUCCAGGUGAAAGACAUGGAAGAGCUCCUGGAUAGGAAAAACAGAUUAAGUGCAAACUCUCAAGGUCCUGCUUUCAAGACAUCACAAAUUGGACUGCAGGAAACAAACAAGGAACUGGUGGACCUUCAACAUGCCUACCAGAAACUAAGCAGACAAUACCAAGCAAAAACAGCAGAACUGACUCAUGCAAACAACCUCCUGGAUCAAAGCGAGGCCGAAGUAAAGAAACUGAGGUUGCGAGUGGAAGACCUAAAACAGGGACUCAUCCAAAAAGAAGACGAGCUUGAUAAUUUCCUGAAUCAGAUCCGUAAGCUCCAGAGAUCUCUGGAUGAACAGAAAGAAGCAAAUGAAAACUUGGAGAUUAAACUCAGGCACUUACAAGACCGAUGAUGCCUUCGCCUGUAAGACAGUCAUCCUGCAAAGUUUAAAAGUGGAAUAGAAAAGCUUAAAUUCUGUUCAUUUUGAUUGUUACCUGGCUGUCAUUGUCUGCCCUACGGAAUUGUUACCUUCCUACAUUCACUAUUUUGUAAAUCAUGCGUGUCAAAUAACGUUCUUCUAUGCAAAUAUUUUACUCUUUUCAGACAACCUAAGCAUUUAGGUGAAGUUUUGAUCAAUUACAUGAGAGUUUUUCUAACUGUGUGCUUAAUGAUUUAUGUUAGUGUCUCAAUAAUGAACUUUAUUGUUACUAUUUUAUCUUGUUUUCUAUCUUAUUUUAUGUAGGGUUCCAUGGUUCUCUCGUAUUUAAUUAUUCUAACCAUUUUAUUCUGCUCACGAAAGCAGAUAUUGUCUAUUUCAUAUGGUAUAUCACAUUUAUAUUUAAAUGAUUUUACAUCUGUUCUCAUAUUGCUUUAAAAGCAGAAUACGGUUAACUCUGUGUUUGAUUUUAUAUAUGUAUAUUGUUUAAUCAAUGGAUAAUAUGGUUUCCAUUUCUCUGCCUUCCCCCUGGAUCACAGGAUGCUGAGUUGAACUGACCCAGAGGUGUUUCUGGAAGUUGUGUCCAGCUACACAUGCCAAAUAUAAAUAUAAAACUCACUGUAUACUUAUAAUAUUCUACAAGAAAGACUCACAAAAAUCUUAUUUAUAAGUCAAGGUUUGGGAACAGAGUUUCAUACUAGGAAUUUGCCUGGUGACUAAGUUAGUCCUCUGUGUGCUUUUCACACGGGUCAUAACUAUGAAAUGUCCAUGCAGCAAGUUGACCUCAUCAUAUAACUUUGCAACAGAUUAUUUUAAAUAACUACCCUUA